AUGAGAGACGACUGCUGCUUUGGCUUGGUUUGUGUUGCGGUUCAGUCUUUGUUACUUAUCCUCGGUGUUGCACCUGAGCCAAUGAUGUACAUAUUGUGUAGUGGUCGAUGAACGACAUGUCCAUGCUCUCAUCUCAUUCUCUUCCCUCCUUUUAUCCAAGCCCGAUAUUCUCGUGAGAUCCGACUUAGGAAAGAGUGGAGCUGGCCAUAUCGGCAGCGGAGGACGGUUAAUACUUCAUCCACCUUCAUUGAUCGUAAGGCUCGGUCUCUGCGGCUCUCCUUCGAGCCAUUCUUCCCUUCCCAACUUGCUUCGAAAGACAUGAGCUGCUGGCAACACGUCAGCCCAUCACAUAUUCCGAUACCGGCGACAUGAAACACCAUCUGAUGAUUGGGACCUGGACCCCGCCAGGAGCAAUCUUUACAGUCGUCUUCGAUGAUGAGAAAUUGAGGCUGGACUUGGUCAAGCGGACGGAGAUUCCCCAAGACGAGCCGAUUUCAUGGAUUACCUUCGACAAAGAUCGAAAGAACAUCUACGGUGCGGCGAUGAAGAAGUGGAACUCGUUUAUCGUGCAGAGUCCGACUGAGAUCUACCAUCAUGCUUCCUUGCCCAUAGGCGGACAUCCGAAAGCAAACGACUCAGACACCAAGACUCGAGCGAUAUUUGUUCUAGCAGCCAAACUCCCGCCGCAUAAUGUCUACGGCAACCCCUUCUACGACCAUGCGGGAUUCCUGAACGUCUUCUCCGUCAAUCCCACUGGAGGCUUGAACGAGAACGUGCAGAAUGCGGAACUGGAUGAGAAGUCGGCGAUCCACGGGAUGGUGUUUGACUCGAGGGAGGAGUACCUCUACUCCGCCGAUAUGUGGGCGAAUAAGAUCUGGUGUCACAAGAAGGACGCACAUACAGGCCAUCUGACUCUCGUCGGCUCCGUCUCCGCCCCCUCACCGAACGACCACCCUCGCUGGGUGGAGAUCAGCCCGCAAGACACAUAUCUCUACGUGCUGAUGGAAGCGGGCAACAGAGUCUGCCUCUACCUCAUCGAUCCCACAACCCACAUGCCAGUCUACACCCAUCAGUCGUACCCCCUCAUCCCUCCCUCGUUCGCGACCUUCCACCCCAAGAUGUACCGCUCCGAUGUCGUCUUCCGCUCGCAUAGCGGCCGCUAUCUCUUCGCCACCUCUCGCUCCAACAGUCCCGGCCUCACGGGCUACAUUGCUGCUUUCCGCUUGGGAGCGCAGGGGCAGAUCGAGCGGCAGAUCUGUCUGAAUUCCACGCCUACGAGCGGUGGACACUCUAAUGCCGUUAGUCCCUGUCCAUGGAGCGAUGAGUGGUUGGCGUUGUGUGACGAUGAGAAGGGGUUUGUGGAGGUGUACCGCUGGAAGGACGAAUUCCUGGGUCGUGUGGCGCAUCUGGAUAUCCGCGAGCCUGGGUUUGGCAUGAAUGCUAUUUGGUAUGAUUGA